CAUGAGUAUUGUGAAUGCUUCUGAAAAUUUAAUAAACAUAAAUUCACCUGACAAUUCAAGAGCUACAUUAGUAUAGAAAAGGUGUAAGAUAGAUGCAGAUUGGAAGAGUACAUUCAUGUUGUAAACAAUAAGAAACAAGGCAGAGAAAAGAGAAGUCUUGAUGAAGUGUAUAAAUAGAAUGAGAUAAUCAACAUAAGUAAAUAUGAGUAAUAAUGAUAGGUGAAACAGUUCCAUACAUUGACAGAGAAGCAAUUAAAUGUGAUAGAUGAUUUUGGAUCAGGACAUUCAAAAGGAAUAAUUAAUAAACAAAUAAAAAAGUAAGAAACACAAUUUGAAUCAACUUAUUUUGAAUCAAAGUUUUAGAUUGGUAAAUUAAGGGGAUUAGUACUUAGAUAUAUAGAGAAACAUAACAAAAAUUAGGAAUGGUCAAUAAAACCAAGUCAUCCUUUCAUUAUUAUUUGGAAUAUGUUUAAAUUAUUUUUUAUGGUUCAUAUUUUCAUUUUAUUUCCAUUAAUUGAUGCAUUUGGAGUAAAAUUAGAAUAAAUGAUAGUCCAAUAAUAAUAAAUUUUUCUAAUGGAAUGGUUAUUUCUAGUAUGUAUUUAUUAAUUAUAAAUAAGUUAUUUGAUAUUGUAUUAAGAUUUAAUGUACAAAUUUAUAAGAAUGGAUAAUUGAUAAAACAACACUAAUAUUUAGCAUUAUAAUAUUUGAAGAGUGGAUUCUUUUUGGAUGCUUUGGGUAUUGUUGGAUUUUCAUUAUUUCUGUUUCAAGAUAUAUUAUAUAUCAAAUAUAUCUAUUUUUUUAAGAUAUCUGAAAUUAAAAAGUUUAUUAAGUUCUUAAGAUAUGAAUUAGAUCCAUAAAAUAAAUACAAUAAUCAUAUCAAAUUGAUUACUCUUUUUGUGACCAUAUUCCUAUUAGCUCAUAUUAUAGUAAGAUAAAAUUUAAAUUUAUAUAGGCAUGUCUAUGGAUAGUUGCUGGUCAUAAAGAACCUAGUUGGUUAAGUAAUAAUGAUUUAUAAGAUGAUUAAUGGUAUAUCUAAUAUCUAUGGGCAUUUUAUUUUGCAAUAUUAACAAUGACUACAGUAGGUUAUGGAGAUAUUGUACCAGUAAAUGAAAUUGAAUUGAUGGCUUGUAUCAUGAUUGUAUUACUAUCUAGUGCCAUAUUUGCAUACACUCUUAAUACAAUUACAACAGUUCUUAAAGAUAUUGAUUAGAAUAAGAGUUAAUUUAAUUAAGAAGCAAGAAUUAUAUAAAAUUAUUUAGUAAAAAAAGGUUGUGAUACAGAUUUAUAAAGAAGAGUAUAAUAAUAUUUGAAAUCUUUAUUGAAAUGGGGUUUGGGUGAAUAAAAAUAAAAUGAAGAUAGAAUAUUCUCUAAAUUAAGUCUACCUUUAUAAUAAGAAAUUAAUUUAUAAGAUAAAGGUCAAGUGUUACUCAAAAUGCCAUUCUUAGUAAAUAAUUUUAAUAUUGAAUGUAUUAAAGAAUUAAUGUAACAUAUAUAAGAAGUUUAUUAUUAACCUGGUGAAUUAAUUAAUCCUUAAGAUGGAGUUUAUUUAUUAUAUAAAGGAUAAGCAGAAGUAUGUUGGGGAUCCAAAACUAAUCCUAAACAUAUUUGUAAUAUAUUUUAAGGUGAUCAUUAUGGACUAUUAAAUUUAUUUAAUGUAGAUCAACCUAAAUAUUUUCUCAAAAGUUCAGAUUUCUCUAUUUUCUAUUUCAUACCAACAUAAAUAUUUAGAUAAGUCUUGAAGAAUAAUGAUAAAGAAGUUUUCUGUAUGAUUAAUGAUUAAGUAAUUUAUGAAAAUUAUUCAAAUCUCUAUUUAUAUUGUCCACUUUGCAGACGUGAAGGUCAUCUCAUUUGUUAAGAUAUUAUCUAUAAACCUAAUAAAGCUAUAGCUAUUGCUAAAUCUAAUAGAUAUACUAUUUAGAACAGAUAAAAAUAUAAACGUUUCUUUGUAAAAUAAUAAAUUUUGAGAAAUUACAAAGAAAUGUAAAUAGAAACCUGUUAAUUUAUCAAUGAUAAAAGGGAAAUUAUGAAAAUUAAAUAUAAAUCAAUUUUUGAUUCUGAUGAUGCAGAUGAAGAUCCUGAAAGUUUAGAAUUAUAAUCCUCUCAAUCUUGGUAAUUUGAUGAAGCUUAAAUGGAUGAAUAACAAAUUUCUAAUCAUAUCAAACCAAAAAUUACUAUAUAAAAAAGACAAACCCCUAAUAAAAGAUAAACCAUUCUUGGAUUUUUAAGAAAAAAUACAUAAGAUGUUAUGUAAAUCAAUUUAUAAAAAAUUGAAGAAGUUGAUACACCUCAUAACAAUAAUUGUACUCCAAAUUCAAAAGAUAAAUUUUAUAAUCUUGAUGUUAUGAAAUCUUUUAUGAAAUAUUUCAAAUAGUACAAUUAUGACAACAUUAUUAAAUAAAUCAAUAAAAAAAGAAAAACAAUGAAGACAAAAAUUAAAAGAUUACCAAGAUUCUCUUGA